UUAUGAAAGAAACAUGACUUGCACGAAAUUACUGCAGUAAGAAGGAAAAUAACCAUCUUUUAGAUAAAUAAUGCCUAAUAUGAAAAAAAAGAUUUAAUUUAAUCUAGAUUUUGCUAACUUUUGGGUAAAUUAGUUUUAAACAUAUUUGAAACGCAUAUCUGCUUAUUCGUGAUAUUACAGUUAAGUAUCCGCAAUCGGCUGAAUUUAUAAAAAAAGACAGACAAGCGGAAUCGUUUGAUCUUAUGGCUAAAAAAUAAUGAAUGAAGCCAUGGCAUGCUAUAAAUACAGAGCUCUUAAUUUUUUCAUUAAUUGCAAAAUUUUGCCCGGAAAACACAGAUAGUCGCCAUGGAGAGCAUCACUUUUUUUAAAAAUGGUGAAGAAAAUUUAACAUUCACAAUUCGAAAAUGCCAGGCUAAUGCUUCUAGGCUAGCCAUUGUUUUUAAGGUACGCAAUUUUUUUUACCUAAUUUGUAUUUUUAAACUCAAGAAUUUCUUGAUUUUUAAUCCUUAUUGACAAAAUAUUUUUAAAUUUGAUGAAAUCACUCAGCUCUGAUAUGUUACGUUUUUAUUCGUAGUUAAUCCCAGAAUCCGUUUACAUAAGUGAAGAAUUUGGGGCUAUAGACUUCCAGAACGAAGAUGGCACGUUUUCCGCCGUAGAGCGAGCUAUGGAGCACGAUCGAUUCGAGGUUUUCGGUGACAAUGCUUCUCCGCAACAUCCUACACCGCCAGUAUCAGCCCCUGCGCUAUCGCCUGUGCCAUUUGGGGCGUUCCGGCGAAUAUCUUCAAGUCCUUCUCAACCACUACCACAUUCGUCGUCGCCACUACCGUCAUCUUUUUUUUCGUCUCCGUUGCCAACGCCGAGAAAACGAAAAUCAGAUGGAUUUAUCAUAAAAGUCUCACUGGCAAACAUGAUAGGGAAAAAAGUUGGUGAAAGUUCAAGAAUGCAAUACUUUUCACUGUCGCCAACCAAUGCAAAUGUCCCAGCGAUCAUUAGCCUUGCAGAAGAGGGAUUCGGUGUACAACCAUUAAUACUUGUACACGCAAAUGGUCUUCAAAUGGAAGACACUGCUGCUACUCGUGACAAUACAUUUUGGCGAUGCAGUGCGAGAAAGAUUUUUGCCGUUAAACGUGAAGAAUUCGUCGGAACUUCUGACCGAUUUACUGAUGGGGAUAAUCAUGUGAGAGAAAGUAUUGAUGAAAUAAAGACCAUGUUGCAAGAAAAUAUAUUGCUACCAAGAGAUGUCGGAGCAUUGCUGAAAUCAACGCUACUCAUUGAACCUUUAAAAGAAACAUUCAAGUGUGUUGUGUGUCAAGACAUAAGUGCUUCACCAAUAGCAAUUUCAAUGUGUUGCAAACAAGUACUUGGAUGCUCCACGUGUGUGGAUCAAUGGACGGAAUUACGAUGCCCCCAUUGCCGUAACGAGUUUUACGAGACCGUUACGGUCAAUGUUUUUGAAAAUAUCUUAGCAAUUUUAAACAAUUUGUAAUUUUUUUAUAUGUGCAUUUAACUUUUUUUCCUAAAAAAAAAUGUUUCUUAUCCUUACUAUCCUUACUAGUAAAAUUAUUUAAGUUCUUGAAACUGGUGAAUAGA